UCUGAUCUCUAUAACUCAACUCAAACAAACAAAAAAACAAUGGCAAUCAUGACAUCAUUUGCCUCUUUUCUCAUCACUCUCCUGUUGGCUGCAGCUGUCUGCACCCACGGAGAAGAAUCGGUAAAGGACAGCAACGGGAACGAAGUUCGACUCAAAGAACAAUACUACAUCCAACCGAUCAGUAACGGGAUUAACGGCGGCAGUCUUGCUCCACGUGUAAUAAGUCCCGUUUGUCAACUACGUGACAUUAGCGAAACAUUUACGGGCGAACCGGGCGUGCCAGUUAGCAUAGCAUAUCCACCGGGGUUCCUCACGCCAUUAGAAGUUGUCAAAACAAAUUUCAAUAUAACCAUCGAGUUCAAGUACAACGACGACUGUAAGGAGAUAUCCAAGUUCUGGCAAGUCUAUGAAUUUAUUUAUGAUCCAAUUCUCAUCGGGGGUAGACCUGAGGAACCAAAUAGCCACUUUAAGAUAGAGAAAGUCGGAGAAGAAGAUGGCACAAACAUUUACAAGUUGACUACUUCUGCCGGAACCGUUGGAGCCAUCCCAACACCACAGCUAGUUCUACAUCUCACCAAUGAUGUGGCUCAGUUCAUAUUCGUCAAAUUCGUCAAAGUUAAAGCUGCUACUUCUCGUGUUGAGAAGUUAGGUCUAAGGAUGAUCCCAUUCUAAUAAUCAAGUCCAUGUAAUGUGACUCGGCCCAUGAUCAAAUAUAAGGGGUUGUAAUAAUACCCGUCAAGAUAAAUAAAAUAAAAAAUCAUGUUUUCAAACAUUAAA